ACCCUCUUGAUUUUGCUGGAAUGGUCCGGAUCUGAUUGGAAAUGACAGUUAAUCAAUUCAAUUCAUGCUGUCUCCAGUGUGCCUGUCCCACCAGAUUGAUUGGUUUCGUCCCCACUGCCGUCGCCUGGCUCAUCCGUCCAUAUUAAAGACCAUCGGGGCCAAUUCCCUCUUUCUCUCUUUCCUCAACCAUCUUGUUUUUUGAUUGACUUCGUCGAGGCAAUCUAUUUUUGACAAUUCGAAGUUGGACGUCUUUAGUUCAAAUCACUUCUAGUCCGGCGUGGCCUGAACAAGAGAGGAGAUUGUAUCAACCGAGGUGUGGAGUGAGCCACGAGCAGCGCCACCCACGGGUCUAUGGACCGCGAACUCGUUUUCCUAUCUCGCUCCUCCAUCGUCACUUCUUCUCUCCUUCCACUCCCAUCUUCUCACGCUUUACGCAAUGGCUUCUGCGACGACCACCCGCCGGAGAGACAAUGAUCAUACCUCUAGCCGUCGGGCCCGCGAGGUCUACCGCUAUUUUCGCCCGAAGCGCUCCUUCCCCACGAUCGACGAGAACGCCUCCUUGUCGUUGGAUGAAGACAUCCCGUCGCCGCAUACAGGGUCACCACGGUUGACACCGCCGGCGCAGGCGCCGGCCGACAAUGCGCAUCGCCCGCAGCUGUCCCCGUCCUCUCCCUACUUCCCGUCCAUGUCGUCGCCCCCCGCGGACCGCAGCUCCGUGCUACCCGAGGAGCUCAUAUUAGGCGACGCCAAUGCCACCCUCACUUCGUUCGCACAGCUGGCGGCACUACGCUUGAACAUGGAACGGGUCCUGAUCAGUGUCUCCGAUCGAAACUCGCAGCACAUCAUCGCCCAAGCAGGGCAGACUCGCCGGGGGGAUGAUGAUCUGGAAUCCCUGGAAGGCGGCCUCUGGAGCGGCUGCCAGACGCUAUCGUCGAGUGCGUUGUUCAUGUGCAUGGACACCAUCGCUCUGCCGGCGUCGGACCGAUCGCGCAAGCUGUACAGCUGCAAUGUGGUGAGCGACCUCGCCGCCAACGAGCGCUACCAGGACCUGCCGUUCGUCAAGGGCGAGCCGCAUUUCCGCUUCUACGCGGGGACCCCGCUCACCACGGAGGCCAACCUCAACAUCGGGACCAUCUUUGUGCUGGAUCCCCGCCCCCGGGAGGAUUUGGACGCUAGCGAGCGAGAGACCCUUGGAACGCUGAGUUCCCUCGUCAUGGACUACCUUAAGGUCAGCCGGCAGGCGUCCGAGGGCCGCCGUGCCGCGCGGGUUUCGCGCGGUUUGAGCUAUUUCGUGGAAGGGAGCUCCAGUUUCGUGGACAAUGCUUCGGCGCCCAGUGUCGCUCCCGGCCUGGGGACCCCGCCCCCCUCCCACACCCGCCGCAAUCACUUGUCCGUAGACUCCGGGCACAGCUUCGAGGGGCCGUCCCACCGACGAUCGCACAGCAGUCGACGGUCCCCGUCCCGCAGCAGCGAUGCCCGCUCCGUCAGCUCGGUAUCGGAAUGCCGGGCCGAGUCCUCCUCGGGGUUAAACACCCCGUUGCCCGAUUGGUGGGCUGGUACCCGCCAAACUGGGGUAGACGAGUCCCAGGGGAAUACGUGGGCCUUCCGACGGGCUGCUAAUCUGCUCCGAGAGAGUCUGGAGCUAAGCGGCGACGGGGGCGUCAUCUUCCUCGACGCCGGCCACAGCCCGAUGGGUGACAUCGAUGCCGCCGGCGAGUCACUCGACGGCGCUCCAGCUCCGGUCCUGGCCAUCUCCACCAACGAUGAACCGUUCGCCCCGCGACCCGGCUCGAGGGCCCUGUACCCGGCAUCCAAUCUCGCCAACGGCUUCCUGCAUCAAAUACUCCACCGCCACAGCAAGGGCCGGCUAUGGUCCUUCCAUCAGGACGGGAUGGUCUCGAGUUCAGACGACGAGCGCUCCCCUCGGCGGAGCGCCUCGCGCGCCACGAAACCGACAGAGCCGGGCAAGGGCCCGAAGAAGUGGAAGGUCACCGAGAACGCCAUGUUGAACCGGUACUUCCCCGGCGCGUCGCAGGUUAUGUUCGUUCCGCUGUGGAACCCAGCCAAUUCGCAGUGGUUUGCUGGCUGCUUCUGCUGGAACACCGAGGAGACUCGGGUUUUCAGUCCGGACGUCGAACUCAGCGCCGUUAUCGGGUUUGGGUCGUCCAUUAUGGCGGAGUGCAGUCGCGUCCAAUCUCUCAUUUCGGAUCGGCAGAAGGGGGAUUUCAUCGGGAGUAUUUCUCACGAAUUACGAAGUCCCCUACACGGGAUCCUCGCGGCCGCCGAGUUUUUACAAGGCACCGAGCUGAACGAAUUCCAGGACUCUUUAUUAGAAACCAUCAACGCCUGCGGUCGGACAUUGCUCGACACGAUGAAUCAAGUCCUAGAUUUUAGCAAGAUCGUCUCCCUGGAACGCACCUGGCGACACAAGCAACGCAACACAUCCCAAUCCGAUUUCAAACCCAUGCACCAGAUGUCCUCGCGCUUGGAUACCUAUGUGGCCACUGAUAUGGCGAUCUUGGCGGAAGAGGUGGUGGAGGGUGUCUGCCUGGGCCACUCGUACGGCCAGAAAUCGACCACCCCAUCCGAUCUCCCGGGGCCCACGGCGUCUCCGGGCGCCGAGGAGUGUAUCCCGGUGGUCACAGGCGGCGGAGUAGAGGUGGUUGUGGAUAUCGCCCAAAACGACUGGCUUUACCAGACGCAGCCCGGCGCCCUGCGGCGGAUCAUCAUGAACGUUUUCGGGAAUGCGAUGAAGUAUACCGAUUCAGGUCGGGUCUCGUUGCACUUGGCGGUGGAUGACGCGUCGGACCGUCACUUGCAUCGGCCUAGGACUGGUGAGGAGGUUGUGACGCUGACGGUGACAGACACCGGCAAGGGCAUCUCGGAAGAAUUUUUGCGGGGGCGACUCUACACGCCAUUUGCGCAGGAGGAUACGCUCGCCGUGGGAACGGGGCUGGGGCUGUCCAUCGUGCGAAGUCUAGUCAAGGCGCUGGGAGGCAGCAUCGGCAUCCACAGUCGACCGGGCGAGGGGACCACCGUUCGAGUGUCGCUACCAUUUGAGCGACCCACUCCCGCGGAGGCGGGGCUGGCGGAAGAUGGUCCCAAUCUGCCAUCCCCAAUUAUGCGAGAGAAGACGCCCUUGCGGAGCGAGAGCGUGCCGCUGCGGGAUUCGCACGCGGGGCGUCGGGUCGCCAUCAUCGGGGUGGAGCCGACUGUGGCCGCUGCGCACCCGCGGUGGUCCCCCAUCGCGCGCUACCUGACCGACUGGUACGGGCUGGAGCUGGUGUCUUGGUCCAGCAUGGCCGUAGACAUGGCUGUGGCCGACGAGGAAGGGCUGGCCGCUACGUCCGACGCCGGGUCGGCGACGCUCCCGCCCCUCCUCCUCCUGUGCAACCGGACCGUCGGCAACAAGAUUACACUACCCGAGUGGCUGUCUACCGCCAGCUCCGUCAGCCAGCUGCGCCUCCCGUGCGGCCCGCAGAAGCUGGCGCGCUCCAUACGCCGCUGCCUCGAUCAUGAGGCCCCCGUGGUCGGCACGGUUGUACUCCCUCACCGCCCGCACAAUCGCAGCCAGCCCAGCGAUAUAUCCGACUCAUCAAUGGGGUUGUCCACCGAUUCCGGCUUUGCCUCCUCGGUCGGCAGCUCAGCGGCGUCAGAGACCGUCGUCGAGGCGACAGUCCCGGUCAUCGCGUUGCCAUCUCUACAGGCUGACCUGGCGACCAAGAACCACCGGUCGCCACGGGUCCUCGUCGUCGAUGACAACAGCAUCAAUCUGAACCUGAUGCUCACUUUCAUGAAAAAGCGGCAUCUGUCGACAUUUCACAGCGCCGAGAACGGCCAAGUUGCCGUGGAAGCUGUUGAACAGCUCCCGGAAAACUACGACAUCAUAUUCAUGGAUAUGUCGAUGCCCGUUAUGGACGGCUUCGAGGCAACGCGGGCCAUCCGUGCACUCGAGAAGGAGCGAGGCGAGGGUCCUGGCGCGACGAUCGUUGCCCUGACGGGGCUCAGCAGCUCCAAGGAUGAAUCGGAGGCACUCAUGUCCGGUGUCGACCUGUUUCUGACGAAGCCUGUGUCCUUUAAGGAGGUUUCUCGGUUGUUGGAUGAGUGGGAGGUGGUGGGAUUGCGGGAGCCGCGGUUGCAGAUGUGUGUUUGAUUUAGCCUUCUUCUCCUGGUCUCUU